AUGUCCAUCCCUAAACAAUCGCAAGCACUCAUCGUCGUGGAUAAGGGCAAGGUCGCCGUGCAGACCGUUGACAUCCCUCAGGCCGGCGAAGGCGAGAUCGUGGUCAAGGUGGGGAUGGGGCAGCUACAACGAGCGCCUCCUCCUCCUUCUCGAUGCUCAGGCUGACACUUCGUAAGUGUGUGCUCUCAGGUCGAAGCUGUUGCACUCAACCCUACUGGUAAGUGAGAUCAGCGGUGUACUCUUCGGUGGUGGCAAGGGGUCUCCGUCGCGGUUUCCGUGCGCCCCGCCCAGGUAUUUCGUCAUCAAUCGUCAUUCUUGCGCGGCGGCCCGGCGUCUGCUGGCCUGCUGAUGGCCGUGGCCCAGCGCUCAUUGAGCAGUGCCCGCCACGCUAAUGUACUAUCAUCGUCAACGUCCGUUCGAGCCUAACUUUCGGCCCGAACCGUUUCCCUUUGAAAUCAGACUGGAAGCACCGCGACUUCGUCUCGCCCCCCGGCGCCGGCCUCGGCUGCGACUUUUCCGGUCGCGUCGUCCAACUGGGACAGGGGGUCCACAACGUCAAGGAAGGCGAUCGCGUCGCUGGCUUCAUCCAUGGCGGCAAGGACGAGAAACACGGCUCGUUUGCAGGUCAGUUCAAGGCUUCAGGUUGGCUGAUAAUCACUCGUUCGUGCUAAGCAUUGUAUAGCAUUCGACACCAUAGAAUACCUCAAGACGGAGGCGACGCUGGUGUGGAAGGUUCCCGACUCGGUCGAUGCGGAGGAAGCCGCAGCCCUUGGUGGGAUCGCGCCUCGUAAGUGCAUCCGCCGCUUGAGCCUAUUCAUCGCGAGGGGGGGCUAAAGUGUUGGCGGUGAUUUCACAGACACUGCUUUCCAGGCUCUAAAUCUCCGCCUCGGCAUCCCUCAGCCGUCCAAGCCCAUCUCGACCUCCGAGUCGUUGCUCGUAUGGGGCGGGUCAACCUCGGUCGGCUUAUACGCCGUGCAACUCGCCGCUCUAGCCGGGUACAGGGUCGUCGCCACCUCCUCGCCCAAGAACUUUGACCUCGUCAAGAAGUAUGGUGCCUCGGCGGUGUUCGACUACGCCGACGAUGCGACGCCGAGCAAGAUUCAGCACGAAUUCCCCGAGUUGGCUUUGGCGUUGGAUACGAUCUCGGAGAGAGGGACGACGCUCAAGACGGCGCAAAGUUUCAAGAACAAGGGUCAUAUCGUCGUCUUGUUGCCUCCUUCAGAUGAGGGCUUGGACAACUACCCCGAUGUCAAGGUGGAGUUUACCCUCGUUUGUGAGUCGAUCUUGACACGCGUGGGAGAAGAGGCGAUUGGACUGAUGCUUGGGAUGUCGUCGGACUGUAGAUACGGUUCUCGGGAAAGAGUUCAACUUUGCUGGGAAUGCAUUCUUCCCAGCCAUGCCCAAAGAUAAAAAGGCGAUCGAGGAAUGGUCCGAGUACGUCCCCUCUUUGAUCGAAUCGGGCAAGUUCAAGGCCAACCCUCUGUGGCGCCAAGUAGGCGGUUUGGCCAAAGUCAACGAUGGGAUGAAUUUGCUCAAGGAGGGGAAGAAUUCGGCUCAGAAAGUCACCUUCAACUUUGGCGCUUAA